AUGGCUCGUGGAGGUCAUACUCGCAAUGGUGGAGGUACUCAGACGCACACUACGACUGCUCAACAAAUCUCCAAUGAUGAUCCCUCUUAUACAGAUACCAAUCGAUUCUCUCAUUUGGACAACACCCGUAUUUCUCGGGAAGAAGCUCGCAAUCCCUAUUUUCUUGCCCAUAGUGAUCAUCCUGGUGCUAGACUUGUGCCAAAAGUUCUUACUAGAGGCAAGAACUAUAGUUCUUGGAAGCGAUCUAUGAUGGUUUCUCUGCUUGCCAAGAACAAAAUCAAGUUUGUCAAUGGAACACUACCUCAGCCUAAUCCCGACGAUGAUGAUUAUGAUGCUUGGUGUCAAUGCAACAACAUGGUUAUUUCAUGGAUUCCACAUGCGGUUUCUAGUGAUAUAGCUAAUAGAAUCAUGUAUCUUGAUGAUCCCUCUGCCAUCUGGGUUGAGUUACACGAUCAUUUCCACCAGAACAAUGGUCCGAGAGUUUUUGAGGUGAAAUGUUCUAUGCAAGUUCUUACUCAAGGUUGCAACAAUGUCACAACAUAUUUGACUCGCCUUAAAGCCCUUUAG